UGCGCCUUUGCAGACCAGAGAUGCGCGUUAUGGAGCGCACUUUCCGAGAGCAGCUCUUCUUCCUGGUGCUGUGUCUGUCCGUCCUGAAGGGAGACUCCAGAUACAUCGAGAACAACGAGAUCUCCAAAGAUGAAUUAUUUUCAUUUUUCAACUCGGAACUCAAGAGAGAGACACCUGAGGAAUUAAUGUACCGCCGACCUUUACGUUGUCUGGACAUGGUCGCGGUGGAGGGUCAGUUCACCUUCACAGCGGAGCGUCCUCAGCUCAGCUGCGCUGCUUUCUUCAUGGCGGAGCCCAACGAGCUGAUCAGUGUGGAUUACGACAACGUGGACAUCGACUGCAGCGGAGGAGACUUCAUCACGGUGUUUGACGGCUGGGUGAUGAAAGGAGAGAAGUUCCCCAGCUCCCAGGAUCACCCGCUGCCUCAGUACGAGCGCUACGUGGAUUACUGUGACUCGGGGUCGCUGAGGAGAAGCGUGCGCUCCUCUCAGAACGUGGCCAUGGUCUUCUUCCGCAUCCACAACGCCGGCAGCAGCUUCACCCUGACAGUCAGGAAACACAUCAAUCCUUUCCCCUGUAAUGUCAUCUCCCAGUCACCAGAGGGCAGUUACACAAUGGUGAACCCACAGCAGCACAGGAACUGCAGCUUCUCCAUCAUUUAUCCAGUGGAGAUCGACGUCUCCGAGUUCAGCCUGGGACACUACAACAAACUUCCCAAGAGGUCCAUGCCUGGCUGUGCAGAAUCAGGGGAUUUUGUGCAGUUGCUGGGAGGAAGCGGCAUCGACACGUCGAAGCUGCUGCCCAUCACAGACCUCUGCAUCUCCUUCACCGGACCCACCCACAUGAAGAUCGGCUGCGAUAACACCGUGGUGAGGAUGGUGUCCAGCGGGAAGUUCGUCAGCCGAGUGUCUUUCAGCUACAGGCUACUGGACAGCCAGGAGCUGCAGACGAUCAAACUCAACAACGUGGAGGACUUCUGCUUCAAUAACUGAUCCCAGCAGGAUCACGACGAGACAAAUGUACCGUUUGACUGCAAACAUUUUGUUUUUUCCUCAAUUAUUUCAUUAAAAAAGAAACAAGAGAUCCACCCGGUCGGUCCCUCUGAUAAAAAUAAGAUACAUACAGAUGCAGUGAUAUUAUAUUACAGACUUUCAACUUGUUUUUAAUUCUGUUUCUCAUUCUGGUUGUUGCUAAAUAAAGCGUAAUGAAGUGUCCUUUUGUGUUUGGUGGAACUGCUAUUGUUUUUGCUUUGUGUAAAGUUUGUGUACUUAUCAAGACUUAUGAUAUUGUUAUUAUAUUACGUAUGAGUUCAUGAUCAACAUUCCUGAAAAUAAACGCUGGUUUAUUUUGCUGCAUGAUGUGCUGAGUCACAUCCUGCCAUCGAGGGCAAUAGAUCAAUACAAUAAAUACAAGUGUUCAUUGACAUUAUGCAGUUGAAUUUGUAUAAAACCUUUUUGUAAUAAAAUUAUACCGCAUG